AUGGCCAAGCUCAGUGUCAAGAACGUGGACGUUAAAGGGAAGCGCGUACUCAUCCGUGUCGACUUUAACGUCCCAUUUGCACAAGACGGUUCCAUCUCCAACACGCAACGCAUUGACGCUGCCUUGCCCACCGUACAGUAUGUUCUAGACCAUGGUGCCAAGGCCGUCGUCCUCAUGUCGCACCUGGGCCGCCCCGAAGGCAAACCUAAUGCUAAGGACUCGCUCUCUCCUGUCGCCGAGGUCGUCGAGCAGAAACUCGGUCGCAAGGUUACUUUUCUCAAGGACUGCGUCGGGCCUGAGGUUGAAGCCGCAUGCGCUGAUCCCGCUGAAGGCUCAGUGAUCCUGCUUGAGAAUCUGCGGUUCCACGUGGAGGAAGAGGGAAAGGGGAAAGACAACGAGGGGAAGACAGUGAAGGCAGCACCUGAGGCUGUUGCCGCCUUCCGCGCUUCGCUUAGUAAACUGGGUGACGUGUACGUCAACGACGCGUUCGGCACGGCCCAUCGUGCUCACAGUUCUAUGGUGGGCGUGGAUCUCCCUAUCAAGGCUGCUGGUUUUCUAUUGGACAAGGAGCUUGUGUACUUUGCCAAAGCUUUGGAUGCCCCACAACGUCCAUUUGUGUCGAUUCUCGGCGGUGCCAAGGUCGCUGAUAAGAUUCAACUGAUUAUGAACAUGCUCGACAAGGUUGAUGAGAUGGUCAUUGGUGGUGGCAUGGCCUACACGUUUAAGAAGGUGAUUAACAACAUGGAGAUUGCCAACUCGCUUUACGACGCUGAAGGUGCCAAGAUCGUGCCUCAGAUCGUGGAGAAGGCCAAGGCCAAGGGCGUAACCUUGCACCUGCCUGAAGACUUUAUCAUUGCCGACAACUUCGCGGCGGAUGCUGCCAAGAAAGUUGCCACUGAGAGCGAGGGCAUUCCUACUGGCUGGAUGGGUCUGGAUGUUGGCCCCAAGUCAAGCGAGGCUUUCUCCAAUGCCGUUAGCAAGGCCAAGACCGUCGUCUGGAAUGGUCCCAUGGGCGUGUUCGAGUUUGAUGCCUUCGCCAACGGCACGAAAGAGGUCAUGGAUGCUAUCGUUAAAGCCACAGAGUCGGGCGCCACUACCAUCAUUGGCGGCGGUGACACGGCAACGUGCUGUGUGAAGUACAACACGGAGGACAAGGUGAGUCACGUGAGCACGGGUGGCGGUGCCAGUUUGGAGCUUCUGGAGGGCAAGGUGUUGCCGGGUGUGGAUGCUCUGUCGCCUGCGUGA